CCCGAACCGGAUUCGCGGCACAGCGCAACAGCCCAGGAUGGCCAUGCAGAGUAUCAAAUGCGUCGUCGUCGGUGACGGCGCCGUCGGAAAGACAUGUCUCUUGAUUUCAUACACCACCAACUCAUUCCCCGGGGAAUACGUCCCGACUGUGUUUGACAAUUACUCUGCCAGCGUACUCGUUGAUGGCCGGCCGGUCAGUCUGGGAUUAUGGGAUACUGCCGGGCAGGAAGACUAUGACCGACUAAGACCACUAUCCUACCCACAGACCGAUGUAUUCCUCGUCUGCUUCUCAAUCGUCUCUCCACCAAGUUUCGAAAAUGUCAAAACGAAAUGGAUCCCCGAAAUCCGCCACCACGCUCCAACGACUCCCAUCCUUCUCAUCGGCACCAAACUCGAUCUCCGGGACGACCCUGUCACCCUCUCACGGCUGAAAGAACGCCGUUUCCAACCGAUCGGGUUUGAGAUGGGUGUCAGAUGCGCGAGGGAGAUUGGGGCUGUUAGGUAUUUGGAGGCUUCCAGUCGGACACAAAAAGGCUUGAAAAACGUAUUCGACGAAGCGAUCCGUGCGGUACUCAGUCCUUCUGCAAGGGACGCGAGGGAGAAGAAGAAGAAGAAACAGCAGUGUUUGAUUCUCUGAGCGGCCGCUUUUAAACGAGGCGGUUGUCUAGUAGGGCGCGAGGGCACAGCAUGCGAGAGACAUUUAGAUUUAGAUGGAUUGGCCGGCGGGGCGGGGGGGUCAUAGGGAAGGACAAAGAUGAGGCGGAAAGGUUGGAAAGAAGGUAUCACCAAGAGAAAAGGAAAAAAGGUACUGCCCCCGAGUUGACCACAAAAACCAAGCAACGAUCACUGUCAUACGGGGUAGUCGUUGAAUUUUUCUUUUUUUAGCAUCUUUUUGGAUUCAUCGAUUGAUCAAGUUUUCCCCUUUUCCCAUGCAAGCACUGUAUUUUUAU